GUCGUCGUCGUUGUCGUGUUCGGCGCCCACGCCUUUACUCCCGCCAACUCAUUUGAAGCGCCAUUGCGAUAUAGUAUGAAGCCUGCUACACGUCCGUCCGCGAUACGCCGCGUGAAUGUUGGUGGAGGGAGCAUUCAGCCGGCUCGCGCUUUCACGAAUUCUCAGCUGAGACCGCGGCUGCCCAGGGUAUCAGAGCAGAAUGUAUCGCUCGAAGGGAGGAUAGGUAUGUCUGGGCUGCGGAAGUCGUCACCGUUCCCCGGCUCGUCGACGCAGGCGAGGGCGCUCGCUACGGCUGCAGAAGGCACCGUUUCCCUUCGAACAAGGAAACCACAUUUCGACAAGAUUCUCAUAGCGAACAGAGGUGAGAUUGCAUGCCGUGUCAUCCGAACGGCGAAGAAGCUGGGCAUCAAGACCGUCGCUGUCUACUCUGAUGUCGAUGCAGAUUCAAUGCAUGUGAAGAUGGCAGAUGAGGCUUACUGUAUCGGCCCCGCACCUUCAGCGGAGAGCUAUCUUCGUAUCGAGAAAAUCAUCGAUGUAUGCAGGCGAAGCGGCGCACAGGCGGUCCACCCAGGAUACGGUUUCCUGAGCGAGAACGCCAAAUUCGCGGAGCGUCUGUCGGAGGAAGGCAUCGUCUUCAUCGGGCCACCCGCGAGCGCCAUCGUCAGCAUGGGGUCGAAGAGCGAGUCGAAGAAUAUCAUGAUAGCUGCUGGCGUACCAUGCGUACCCGGCUACCACGGGAACAACCAAGACCCCGACUUCCUCCUCGAAGAAGCCAAGCGCAUAGGUUUCCCAGUCCUCAUCAAAGCCACCCACGGCGGCGGCGGCAAAGGAAUGCGCGCCGUCGACUCCCCCUCUGCAUUUUCUGAUGCGCUCGCCUCCGCCAAGCGCGAGUCGGCGAAGUCCUUCGGCGACGACACUGUGCUGAUAGAACGGUACAUUACGCGGCCACGGCAUGUGGAGGUACAGGUGUUCGCGGAUACGCAGGGGGGCGUGGUGAGUCUGUGGGAGCGGGACUGUUCGGUGCAGAGGCGGAAUCAGAAGAUUAUCGAGGAGGCACCGGCGCCGGGGCUGUCACCUGAGCUCAGGGCCGACCUGAGCGCGAAGGCGGUCGCUGCGGCUAGAGCGGUGAACUACGUCGGCGCCGGCACGGUUGAGUUUAUCUUUGACAACGACACACAGGAGUUUUACUUCAUGGAGAUGAACACGAGACUCCAAGUCGAACACCCCGUCACGGAGAUGAUCACAGGCCUCGACUUGGUCGAAUGGCAACUAGAGGUCGCCGCGGGCAACCCGCUCCCCCUGUCGCAGUCCGCAAUCCCGCUGCACGGGCACGCCUUCGAGGCGCGCAUCUACGCUGAGAACCCGCGCAACAAUUUCCUGCCGGACUCGGGGCGGCUGCUGUACCUCUCCACGCCCCAACCGACGUGUGCGUUCGCGCCGGCCGUCGUGCCUGCGCUUAGGGAGGAAGAAGCCGCGUUGUACCCCACCUUGUCGACCUUUACUUCUACUUCCACGUCUCUGACUGGAGAGGGGGCCCCGGCGGUAAGGAUCGAGCAAGGCUUCGGAUCGGGCGCACAGAUUGGCGUGUUCUACGACCCGAUGAUCGCGAAGCUCGUCGUGCAUGGGAGAGACCGCACCGAGGCUCUCCGAGUGCUCCGCAAGGCGCUGGAGGAGUAUAAAGUCGUGGGCGUAUCGACGAAUGUGGAGUUCCUCCGCAUCCUGGCCAGCCAUGGCGCGUUUAUUGAUGGGGAAGUAGAGACGGGGUUCAUUCCGAAACAUUUCGAGGAGCUGUUCCCGAAUGUGGGUGAGCCGGAGCCGGAAGUGCUUGCGCAGGCGGCACUCUUCGCGGCGUUGCGGACCCAGCUGCGCGGUAAUGGUAUGUCGGCGUCGCCGUGGGUAUCCCUCACCUCCAGGCGGUUCGGCGGGGACACUGCGGGACGUAUCAUUACCCUGCAGAACGAGGGUGAGAAUGCAGAGCCCAUCACUGUGCAUGUCGUCCCCCAACCGGGUGGAGUGUUCGACGUCACUGUUCAGACGGCAUCAUCCCAGACCGAGUUCAGAGGCAUGUCUGCGCGGCUCGUGUCACUCACGGAGCUUGCAAGCACUGUCAAUGGACAGUCGUCAAACACGACGAUCGUGGCUCAGCCACCACCUCCUAACGUCCCCCCCUCGAGCUCGCCGAAUACUAUGGAGCGGCUGCACAUCUUCCACAACGGGCGCAAAUCCACUCUCGUCUUACCUUCGCCGAAGUGGCUGCUGAGCCUGGGCGGCGACGUGCUGAAUGCGGCGAAGGGCGCGCUGCGUGCGCCGAUGCCGAGUUUGGUGGUGGAGGUACGUGUGGGCGUGGGCGAGCGCGUGGAGGAGGGGCAGGCGGUGGUGGUGCUGGAAAGUAUGAAGACGGAGACGGUGUUGAGAGCCGGCGUGGCGGGCGUUGUGAGGGCUGUGGGAUGCAAGAAGGGGGAGAUGGUGGAGGAAGGGAGGGAGUUGGUGGAUAUCGAGGAGGAUGCGGAGGGGAAGUAGGGAUGGACUCAGGGAGUAGUGAGUUCAGGGGCUCGGGAAUUGUACUUUUGGUGUGUAAUUUUAUUGCGCAGAGAGUCGUCUUAUUUCGACCAUGCCCUCUAACAAUGAUCACGCAGUAUGCGAUUAAUAUUCAGCAGGUGUUCGUAGUGCUUAUCGGUGUUCAGGUGUCGCGGGGUUUCCGGACCGGAUCUCUUACCUUACCCUUCCAAUCAUGACUCCCAGCCUCAGGAUGACUCCAGCUCCGAAGUCAUUGCUUUUCUCCUCCGCGCUCAGCUGUUAUGCUCA